AAAACUCUUUUGUUGCCAACAUCAUCUAUGUUAAGCAGAAGAAAAAAGUCCUCGAGGUUUGAAAUGACAUGAGGGUGGAUACAUUACAUUUAAUCAUUUUGGGGUGAAUUGCUAUUAAGGAUUUAAAACGAGCUCUAUAAACAGCAGAAAUGUGCAUAUUACCCCGGUCAAGCUCAUAUCUCAAACAUAUGUGUGGAGCAGAGCAUUGGUGCUUCCAACACCAAGGACACCGAUUCUUUUCCAAGGAAAAGCAUGAACUGAUAAACAGAUAAAUGUAUAUAUUUAGUAGACAUAAAUUAAAACGCGUCUGAUAUAACUUCACUUAACAACAUUGGAACCCCGGAUUGGUUCAUUUUGAAUGUUUCCCAAAUUAUCACUAAAACUGUAUUUUUUAGUUAGGAAAUAAAUGGUGUUUUUGUCUUCUUGAACCCUUAUUGUUGCACAUUAUAAGACCAGGAAUCUGUAAUAGUUAACUAAUUAACCUUUAGCUGUUUGCUGCCAGUUGCCAUUCUUUCUUGAAUUAACUUUUUCUGACUCUUAUGUCCAACCCUGCACAGGUUUGCGGCACUGAACACUGAAGUUUUGCUUUCCACUGCUUGUUAUCACUGAUCAUUAUUUCUAAAGAGUCAAUCAAGAUGGCAUUUUUACUGCCAUAUUAAAAACUAUUGUUCAACAGGCUGCAAGAUUUCAGUUUCACUGUCAUUUGUAUCUAACACACCACUCGAGACAGCUGUCAGGCCAGCAGUUGCCAUCGAUGUCUGUGUGUAUGAGAGAGAAGCACAGACUGCUUGUCUGUUCAUCAUGUGUACUUGCAUUCCCUGGCAGCCCUCGCUGAGUCUUAAAUGCCAUGAGGGAGGCUGUGUAUGUAUGUGUGUGUUUAAAUCAAGCCCCUCUGGCUAAUAAAGGGGGCAGUUCAUGUCGCACUAUACCAUGUGUGGGUGGUGGGUGGCCCGAGCCCGACCUUCCUCUUCUGUUUCGACAUUGGUCUUUGCCAGCCCUGUGUGUAUCUGCUGUGUUGAUUUUCCUAUCAGACAGACGCCUAUCAUGCCUUUUCUCCUGGGGUUUAGACAGAGCCGGCUGUCUUGUGUAGGAGCUAACAACCAGAGCUACUUCUGUGAUUCGGGCCACUGCUGCGGAGAAUCUCAGUGUUGCAGCUAUUACUACGAGGUGUGGUGGUUUUGGUUGGUUCUGACUCUCAUCAUCAUUCUGGGCUGCUGCUGUGUGUGUCACCACCGUCGAGCCAAACAAAGACUGCAACAACAGCAACGGCAGCAUGAGAUCAACCUCAUCGCUUACAGAGAAGCCCAUAAUUACACUUCUCUACCCUUCUAUUUCAGGUUCCUGCCUGGUUACCUCUUACCCGCAUACGAGGAAGUGGAGAACAGACCUCCGACGCCCCCGCCUCCGUACAGUGCCUCUCAGCCAGGCCAGUCCCCCAGCACUGACUCCCUGUGCUCUGAACAACCAGAUGAACUCUGCCCUCCACUGGAGUCCAGCCCCGUCGUCCCGUCUGCAUCUGACAACUGUUCCCCGGGACCCUGCGUAGAGCAGCCACAUACUCCCACUGCACACCGCCCUGUCAGAAACACCCACAAGCCACAGUACCUCAGCCGAGAAGAGGACGGGCAGCCCCAGCAGGUGGCGUGCGCUACAUCACAUAGCCUGCUCAAACAGGGCAGCUCCGGCGAGGAUCUAACUGAACCCAUAGGAGACUGUUCUCCCGAAAGCAAAGAAAAGACUCCAGGACGCCACCGGCGCUUCACAGGUGACUCUGGGAUUGAGGUAUGCGUUUGCAACCAGGGGCCCGGGGACGGAGAGGAUGAGGAGAUGAAAGAGCUUGUUGUGCACAUGGAUGGAGGGGUGCACGAGCAGCAGGACUUCUGUGAUAGCUGCAACCCCCACAGCAGCAGCUGCCCUCCUCGUGGUCCGGGCGAUGAGGAACAGGGCCUGGCUGCCUCAGAUGUGCCUCAAGAGCAAAGAGAGCAUCAGCGACCUCCAGUCUGCCUCCAUCUGCACACCAUCAAUGAACAGGAUGGUCCAUAUCACGCCAAUAACACGGACCCCCAGAGUUGAGCACAACCGGUUCCAGCAGAGACUUACUUUAGACUGCUGUCUCCCUUUACUUUCUCAAAAUACAUCAGUUUGUACUGUCAGCAAUGUCACUUUGGGUGUACUUUGGUGUGUGUGAGAAUGAGUGAGAGUGUUUUAAAAGGGUGUUAAUGUGUGACUCCUUACGGUUUUUAUGGAUUAAUAGGGUAAUCUAGUAAAGACGUUAAUAGGUCUGUUGCCUCCCAGAGAGGUCACGAUCAAUGCCACAGGGGAAAUUCUCCUCAGUUUAUAGCCUUAUCGAGCUUUGUGGGACAUGCCUGUAGGCUUUUUGUUGGUUUUUGGGGGCUGAAUGCCUCCUACUGAGAUGAAGAUGGCUCUCAAGGUUGGGGAUACUUGCUUUUGCUCUUGAAUUCUUACCUUUAAUAACAUUUUAAAAUACUUAAAAGGGCCCAAAACAGAGCGAUCUGUUAAUAUUUAGUCACUGUCAUGGUGUUCCAAAUGCACAAGAUUUCUGUUUAUCUUUAAAACACAAAUAUAUUUUUUAUAAAACCAGAGAUCCAUUUUAAAACAGUCUAUUCCACUAAAAGUUGAUGCUUUUAAAAAAUUAAAGAUUGUAAAAUAAAUCCAUAUGCAUAUACAUAGAGCACAUCAAAUAUAGUAAACAGAGGAUGAAACAUAUGUGAUGCAUGAGAACCAGUGACGUUUCUUACACAACAAGCAAGUACAGUUGAACUUUUGUUUCUCUGUGUUCCCUGAUCAAUGUUUAUAUGUGAAUAAAGCUUACAUUUCAGAGGAGGUACAGAAAUUAUACAGGUUAGAUUAAAGGUAUUUACAUUUUUGUUUCAAAAAAAGCUAAAGUCUUAUACGUUUGAAAUGAUAUGAAGCUGAAUAAUUGAUAACAGAAUUAACAUUUUUUUUUUGGUGAAUUAUUGAUUUAAGAACAAAAAAAAAAAAAGAGGAAAAGAUGGCCAAAGAGCAGUCCGAUAUUCAAAGCUUUAAUAUUCAGUUGUUUCUUGUUUUUAUUUCUUGGCGGGUUUUUUUCUUAGAAUGUUUGAUCUGGAGUAUCUGCAUGAUGCUAUUCAGAAAAAUGAAGGAAAUGUAUUAUCUCAAAUAUAUAUAUAUAUAUAUAUAUAUAUAUAUAUAUAUAUAUAUAUAUAUAUAUAUAUAUUUCUUAUGUCUUUUUGUAUCAAUAAGUGAACAUGCUCCCUACCUAGCAGGGUAUGUUUGCCAUAUGCUUUGUUUUGUCUGAUCAUUGUAAAACAUGGUCUUGGGCUUUAUCCAAAUUUUUGCAUGAUUAUUUGCAUAAACUGAAUAGAUCCACAUGCUAUAUAGUAGUACAUUUUGAAGUUCAUUAUGCAAAGACUCUUCAAAUGAAGGCUGAAAUGAUUUUGUAUAUAGACUGUACCCAGCUUGUACAUUUACACUAGGUGCCUUUGUUGAUUUGAGUAGUUUUCAUAUGCCUUAAAGAGAAGAGUGUGUGUUGUAGAAUUGCAGAAUAAAAGAAUUAAGGGCCAUUAUGAGUGAGGAUUUUGGUCAGAGGUAACAUCUAGUUUGAAAUGAUCACUUGAUAAGCCUUCCAUCGAAAACAUAUCAUUGAGAUAUCAUAGUUGUUUUGCCUUAAUUUAAUUUCUGUAUUCUCCCAUAGUGCUUUUAAGUUGUUUAACACUGUAAGGGAACUCUUGCACCACUAACAGUAACUUAUGUAUAGGCCUUAUUAAGCUCUUAAUGUGCGUUUUAUUGUAGCAGAUCAGGUAAGGUUACUGUCAUGUUAGUGUAGCACUUGUGUUGGGUUGAUGAUGAGAUUGAGACAUGUUUUUCUGUGGUGGUGAGACUGUUGAGCUGCUCCACUGCAUUCCCUACACUGUCUGUCUGUGUGUGUGUGAGUGUGUGUGUCGUUGUAGGUUCCUUUUAAGAGGAUCGUUCUUCAGCCCACUGCGUUUGUUUGACCUUUGGUUUGGAUUAGCAGUUAGCUGUCCUAUUAUAGUCUAAGCUCGGGCACAGAUGGCUUUCCAGCCGUGUUGAUCUUCAGAUCAGAGUGUUUCUGUGUAAAUGGUGGCCAUUUUUUAUUUUCAAAUGUGAUGUGGCUGGUAAUUAAGUUCCUAUAGCGUGCUGGCUGGAAAAACCGGUUUAGGAGGCAGAUUCCAACAUUGACGUAGUGCCUUCAGAAAUAUUUAUAUAGCAGUAUUGUUUGGUUAAACCGAAUAUUGAGCAUUUUGAAUGAUUUGGACCAGUUACCACAUCAUAACAUUUGACAGAUUAAGUGAAAGUUUGAAGCUAUGAAAUCAGUGAGGAGAACAAGUCAUCUGUCACAGUGAUGGUGCUCAUGUUGUUCCAACAUUAUCUAUCGUUGUUUAAUGUUUGAGACCAAAGGUAUCGAUUACAAGUGGAAAUUUGAGUCACUAUUGGCUGGCUCACUGUGAAUGAGAUGUGUUCAUUAAUUUUGUCUGAAAAAGUUGUCAUUGCACUGUUUUGACACUGAGCAGUGAGUGUGUUUCUGUCCAUGAAAGUGACGAAGGCUUUGCAAGCCAAUUGCUUUUGUUUCUCUUAAUCUUUUAUUCAAGCCUGGUACUAUGUUUUAGCUUUGUAUCCAUAGUCACUUUCUUUUUAUAUAUAAAACUGUAUUUUCUGCAUUUUAUAAGAAGACUCAACCAAAUUAAUAUCAAAGAAUGUUCCAUAUGAAUAAAAAAGCUGUUGAAGCCA